AUGGCGGCGGAAGGAUAUGUGAGACACAUCAAGAUUGACUACUCUAAGGAAUCACUACGCGAUGCAUUCAAAGAUCAAGAUGCGGUCAUAAGCACGAUUUCUAGCACCCCCCCCCCAAGAGGUCUAUCCGCCAUAUCCGCCGCCGUGAAAGUCUUCUUCCCAUCCAAGUUUGGUAUUGACACUUCGGAUAGUUCGGCGUCUGAGUAUGUUCCAUUCCUCGUGGAUAAGCUCCAAACCGUCGACUACCUUAAGGUUCCGCAAGACAAGGUCUCUCGGACAGCAGUGAUCACGGGAUCUAUGUUCGACUGGAGCUGGAAUGUCCCCGGAUUUGGACGCUUGAAUGUGCCUGCGGGUACUGUUACGGUAUUUGAUUGA